CACACUUUCGAGUUCAGAGUUCAUCAGAAGCUGUACCGGAUUAAUCAAAAACAUUCAUCUGAGUACGAGAGGAAACGAAUCGGUUUCAGCACCAAGCAGAUCUAAGAAGAUGAUGAUUCUAAAUUCGUUUCAGCCAAAAUCCAUUCUAGAUGAUGAUGAUGAUCCUAAUACAUAUCAUUGGCGUUCUUUCUUAAACAAUCAUUCUCCCAGGGUUCGUCUCUCAAAUCACAACAAGUAAUUUUUGGGAAAUUUCCUUACUUGAGAUGCUUUCCAGGAAGCCUGCAGCUAGCUCCAUCAUUAAUUAUUAAGUUAUGACAAUGGAGACACCACCCAUCCGAUUUUCCUGGCUUCGUGAUAGAACCACCACCACCACCACUCCCACACUGGCGGAGCUGAGGAAUAUGUCAUUAAAAAGAAGAGAUUGUGGAGGUGAUGCAGCAAAUACGCCGGCAGCUCUGAUGGAGACGACAGAGAAGAAAAGAACAUGUAUAAGAAAAGAUUGUGAAGGUGGUACGUCAACAGCAAUGGAGACAUGUAGAAGAAAAGAUUGUGGAGGUGAUACAACAAAUCCAUCGGCAGCAGUGAUGGAGAUACUACCCAUCCGAUUUUCCUGGUUGCGUGAUAGAAACACCACCACCACUCUGACACUGGCGGAGAUGAGGAAUAUGUCACUAAAAAGAAGAGAUUGUGGAGGUGAUACGUCAACUGCAAUGGAGACGUGUAGAAGAAAAAAUUCUGGAAGUGAUCGUACAACAGAUACCACGUCGAAAUUGAUGGAGAUAAAGAAGAAAAGAGCAUAUAGAAGAAAGAAGUACCUUCCUCAUGAUCUAAUUGUGGAACAAAUUUUAACCAAGCUUCCAGUCCCGGCGCUGCUAAAGUCUGUUCAGGUUUCCAAACUCUGGUAUAACUCCAUUCAUAUUGCUCGUAAAUGCUUUACUCAUUCUCACUUCCUUCAAUCCAAGAAGCAGCCUCGUGUUAUCUUUAGUCUUUUAGAUGUCAGGGAUGGGGAUACUGAAAACACGGGUGAGGCUACUUAUGGUUGUCACUUUUUCAAAUUUACUACUGGAUUAUAUGGUACGGAAAAUCCUCUUAAAUUUGACAUGUUUCGAGUUCAUCACACUCAUAGCGGUAUAUCAGAGCUUGUUGGUUACUGUAAUGGUCUACCUUGUAUGGCAUUUGUGGGUGAUUACUCAACUGGUUACAUAAUUUCUGACCCUAACAGGAAAGACUAUCUCUAUAUCUUCUAUCCGGCCGGAGUUGGGAAACUCGUCUCCCAGGCCCGCAUCAUCUGUCAUGGAUUUGGGUUCGAUCGCGUAGCUAACGAGUACAAGGUUGUAAGUAUCUUUCGUACUCUUCAAAAGGAGCUUAACUAAGUGGUGUUUACAUUGGGAACUAAAUCAUGGAGAGAUGUCAGUGCUACAACCACGCCAAUAUCAGGGCAUGGCGGUCGUCCUAUUACGAAGAUAAGAGCGCCCACUGGUAGUGACAAAUAAGCCAUAUUCUGCACCACUAGCAGCACCAACGGUUGAUUUUUGGUCUGGAAGGUAAUAGUAACUUUGGAAGGAUCAGAUGAUAGUCAUGCUGCUAAUAGUAAUGAGAAGGAGAUGCUAAUGUCGUUCAAUCUCCAUGAUGAGAAAUUUCAGUUCAUUCAACUACCAGCUAAAAGUAGAACAGACGAGCAUCAGAAGCACUUGCUUGUUGAUUAUCCUCAUCUUCUGGAGUUCAAGGGAUUUCCCAGUAUUGCACGGAUCGAAAAACGAUCAAGUGAUGGUAAUGACUAUCCUUAUCGUUUCCGUGAUGAUCAUAAAGACAGUAGUAGUUGCUGCUGUUGUUGUAAAGUUCUUUUGUACAUAUUGAAGGAUAAAGUCGAGCAAGCCUGGGUUAAAGAGGAGAGUUUUGAUGUUCGCGUAAAUUCGUCAAGUAAGCUGGCACCAGAUCCCUGCUGUUUUUGCUUCGGUAGUACUACUACACCUCCAACUCGCAUCUUCGGUUUCUCGGAUCAGAUUUUGCUUUACUGGUUCAACGGGAAAUAUUUUCAAGUUUACAACUUGUGUUCUGAAAAAUUUCAGCUUGUACUGCCUACUGAUCGUGAAGAGCGUGAUAUUUUUUGAGCUAAGAUGAAAGAACCGCGGUCCGAAGAUGAUGAUGAUAUUUCUUGCUCAAAUAUGGAUUAUUAGCUGCAUUUUAGAAUAUGGGCAUCCAACUCAAAACCAAUUGGCGAUAAGUGAGAGGCUCGAAGGAUUAUAAACCGCAGGAUCUUAAAUUGCCCAGACAAUGUGGGACUAAUAGUCUCAACACGCCCCCUCACGUGUAGCCUCGUUGGGUCUAACACGUGGACAAUAAAUCGGGUGAUGCGGAGUAAAGACGCGGUCAAUGACUCGACGCAAAUAGCCUGCUUGUUAGAAUAUGGGCAUCCAACUCAAAACCAAUUAACGAUGAGUGGAGAGGCUUGAAGGAUUAUAAACCGCAGGAUCUUAAAUUGCCCAGACAAUGUGGGACUAAUAAUCUCAACACUGUCACGAGGGGAAUUACCUUUCCCUGGAAACUUUCAUACCAGAAGGAGGUAUGAAAGGAGUGACAGGAGUUGAUGCUUCUUGAGUUCUCCAAGUUAGAUUUGGAGAGACAUGACGGUCCAUGUUCGGCAUAUGCGGUUAUCUACAGAGGUUCAGAAGUGUUUUAUCCUUUUUCAAUUAGUAGUAUAUACUAACUUUUCUUGGUAAUUGUCAUUAGUUUUCUAGAUUAAUUUAGUAGUUAACUUGUAGACUUACUGGCAUGCUUUAUUGAAGGAAACACCACCCAAAUUUCCAGUGUCUUGGUAUCUUAUGAAAACUUACAUGGGUUUUCAGUAGCCGGAGAUGAUAAAAUUAUUGCUUAAGAUGCACGAUAAAGAGACAGUGGUUGAUCUUCAGAGUUUAACCUUAAUAAUUGGUCUUUUAGUGAGAUUUGGUUUUGAAUUGCUUCAAGUUUGCCUACUUUUGUUUUUUCUCCAGUCAUAUUCCUGAGUUGUUUUUCUGUAAUGUAACAAUCAAAUAACGGCUAUAUAGCUUGGAUUAGUAGUUCUUUUCUGGUCCCAGAUUUUGGAAACACCACCCAAAUCAGGGACCUGAAAUCAACUACCAAGACAUUCUAAAUUCAUUGAGAUGUGUUGUCCUUUGACAUAUGGUUUUGGAUCCAGCUUUUUUGUGAUUUUUAUUGAGCAGAGACCCUUGGUUCGUUUUGUAUCAUGUCAUGAAGACCAAUGGAUUGCAGCUGAACUUUCUGGUCAACAGCAGAAUCAGAAUGUCUCAGUCCUAAAGUGGGUCCCAGAAAAGCUGGUGGGUCCGGAAAAGGCUUGAGAAGGCCCCACUUUGGAUGAAAAAAGACCUUUUUUAGAACAACUACUACAUACUUGACAGUUGACUAUCUGAUUAAACUAGAUUUCAGAACCUCAUCAAUCAAAAACAUUCAUCUGAUUAAGACAAGAUCUAUAUAUCAUACUUAAGACUAAUGAAUCACAUUAUCAGAUUCAUUAGGAAAACUCAGUGUGUGAUGAAUCAUUGGAAAUGAUUUUGAGCUCCAAACAGAUCUGAAAGAUGAUGAUGAUUCUAAUUCACAUUGUAUGGGAAACUCAAGAUUUCGUAGUUGAUAACCAUUGGGCAUCCAGAAGAUCAUCAAGGAUGGGCUACUACUAGGUUGGUAAAGAUUGAGGUCGAAACUUGUUUAUCUUUUCAAGAAAAGAAAUUGGGUUUGACGUCUAUGCUAGAAUCUAACAAAAUGAAAAUAGAGCAAAAAACAUUUCGCUAACACUUGCAGGAAGCACCGACUUAGUAAGAGUGAAGACGACAUCUCAAUUACAGUGCUUUAAGUAUUUGUUUCUCAAUAAGUUCAGUAUCUGUCAUUCCUGGCCUGUAACUAGGUUUAUAUAUUGAACGCAUUCCGAGACCAGCAAAGAACAUUGCCCAUGGCAGUCUAUAGCUCUCUUGAAAUAGCUAAUAAGGACGAUUCCUGCGAGGAGGACGACGGGCGUCCCAAACGAACAGGAACCAUAUGGACAUGUAAUGCCCAUAUAAUAACCGGUGUUAUUGGAUCGGGAAUACUUUCUCUAGCCUGGAGCACUGCACAGUUAGGAUGGAUUGCAGGGCCAAUUUCUAUGGUUUCUUUUGCCAUUGUCACUUAUGUUUCUGCUUCCCUUCUCUCGGAUUGUUACAGGUCCCCUGACCCUGUAACUGGAAUUCGAAACUACACUUACGUGGAUGCCGUUAAUGCCAUUCUAGGUCCAAAGCGUAGCUGGUUGUGUUACUACCUUCAAUAUCUGAGCAUGUUUGGUGGGUGUGUUGCAUACGUGAUCACUGCCUCUAUCAGUAUUGGAGCAAUUCAUAGAUCGAAUUGCUAUCACAAACAAGGACAUGAGGCUCCAUGUGUAUUUGGAGAUACAUUUUAUAUGCUUCUUUUUGGAGCAAUUCAAGUUGUGUUUUCCCAGAUACCCAAUUUCCAUCACAUGGAAUGGCUCUCCAUAGUAGCCGCUAUCAUGUCGUUCACCUACGCCACAAUUGGAUUUUCUCUCGGCUUUUUCAGAGUAAUCGAGAAUGGAAGUAUUAUGGGGAGCUUAGGAGGAGUGCCCCAAGCCACUACAGCUCAGAAAUUUUGGAAGAUCUGCCAAGCAGUCGGGGACAUUGCUUUUGCUUACCCAUACACGGGAAUCCUUCUUGAGAUACAGGAUACACUGCCAUCACCGCCUGCGGAAAAUAAAACGAUGAAGGAGGCAUCUAAGAUAGCAAUCUCUGUCACCACUUUCUUUUAUCUCUUCUGUGGAUGCUUUGGGUACGCAGCUUUUGGGAACCAAACUCCAGGAAACCUUUUGACAGGGUUCGGGUUCUAUGAGCCUUACUGGCUUAUUGACUUGGCUAAUGUUUGCAUAAUUGUUCAUCUCGUUGGCGGAUACCAGGUGUUCAGUCAGCCCGUCUUUGCAUUUAUAGAAGGAUGGCUAGAAGAGAAGUUUCCUGACAGUGAAUUCAUCAACAGGUCCUACACCGUCAAAGUACCUUUCUUCCCGACUCAUCUGAAUCUGAGUCUUCUUAAGCUACGCGCGCGAACUCUAUAUGUUGUUUUAACAACAAUAGUUGCAAUGACUUUUCCAUACUUCAACCAAGUUCUGGGAGUAUUGGGUACGUUGUCCUUUUGGCCCUUGACUAUAUAUUUCCCAGUGCAGAUGUAUUUUGUGCAGCUCAAGGUGGAGGCGUGGACACAAAAAUGGAUCAUUCUUCAAAUUUUCAGCAUUGUUUGUUUUUUCGUUAGUACAGUUGCGUUAAUCGGUUGUUUUCAAGGUAUUAUAAGUGCAAAACUAGAGUAAGUUAACAACUCUCAUGUCUGAUAAAUUCAUUGUAUAAGAAAAAAAUAAAAUAAAGAUAACAAUUGAGGUUAGUUUGAGUAUUACCUACGAGCAGCAAGUUUUUCUUUUU